UAAUAAAAAAUCAAAUGAUAAGACUUAAAAAUUGAUAACAUUAAAUAAUGGUGAAUCGCAGCUCUUUGAGAUAUUUCUCAAUAUAAUUAUUUAGGCAUUAGGCUGAAUCGCCGAAUGAUUUUUUUUUUUGUAAACGUUAUUAUACAUGAUAAACAUAUUAUUUAGUUCAAUUUAAAUCCUACACUUUAACAAUAUAAACAAAUUUUCAAUUAUCAAGUUUUAUUGUGUUAAAAUUUACGCAUCAUAAUUGUAUUUCGUGUUUUAAAGUCGUUGAGCACAAUGACAACUUUAGUUUAAAUAAAUAAUGCAGCAAAUAGUUACUACUGGUAGACUGAUUUCUCGUGCUCUAUGGAAUGGCUUCACAAAUUUGGCACCUUCAAAUUCUGAACACGUAAAUAAGAAACGUGAGCCUUCAUUCCUAUAUGCUGUAUGUGGUUUUCCCAAGGAAUCUUCACGUAAACAUCCUCCAAUUAAAGGAAAAUUUGGAGAUGAUGCUUGGUUUUCUGCAAAAGGAAAAGCAACUGAUGUACUAGGCGUAGCUGAUGGUGUUGGAGGUUGGCGCCAUUAUGGCAUUGAUCCAGGCGAGUUUUCAAGUUUUCUAAUGACAACAUGUGAAAGACUUGUAUCUUUGGGAAAAAUUAAGCCAAAUGAACCAAAUAAAUUAUUAGCUCAAAGUUAUUACGAGUUACUUGAAAAUAAACAACCAAUUUUAGGAAGUAGUACAGCAUGUGUAGUAGUGCUAAAUAAAGAAACCUCCAGUAUUUAUACAGCUAAUAUUGGUGAUAGUGGUUUUAUGGUGGUUCGUGGAGGACACGUAGUCCAUCGUUCUGAAGAACAACAACACUAUUUCAAUACUCCCUAUCAAUUAUCAGUUCCACCUCCUGCUCAUAGUGGUCAAGUACUAAGUGACAGCCCAGACUCAGCUGAUACUUCAGAUUUUGCUGUUGAGAAUGGAGAUGUCAUUCUUUUAGCUACUGAUGGAGUUUUCGAUAAUGUUCCUGACCAUUUGUUGUUAAAAGAAUUAAGUAAAAUUGAAGGAGUUCGUGAUCCUACAAAAUUGCAAUGUGCCGCUAACACAAUUGCAUGGAUGGCUAGAAUAUUAGCAUUUGAUAGGUCUUUUUUAUCACCGUUUGCACUUUCUGCUCAAGCUAAUGGAAUCAAUACUGUCGGUGGAAAACCAGAUGACAUCACUGUGCUUCUAGCGACCAUUGCUAUAUGAAUGUGUAUGAAAAAAUAUUAAAACUAGAUUGAAAUUAUACUUGUUAGUGAGCAGCUAGCUGUUUUUUUUAAAAAUUACACCAUAAAUAAUAUAUCUACAGUCAGUGAACUGUUUUAGUGUAAAAAGUAUAUAGAAACUACAUAUUUAACGAAAUGAACAAGUGUGUUGCUUAUUACAAUGUUUUUGCACUUUUGAUAUGCAUAAACAAUUUUUUAAUUAAUAAAAAAAAAAAAUGUUUAUCAGAUUAUAUGUAAAUAUGAUUGUAUAUAAUAUAAAUAAUUUAAAUUUAAUAAAAUGAGUUUUUAUAAUAUUUACUUAAUAAGUAACUGAUAUUAUAUAGAUAUAUAAUUAUUUUUAUAA